CAACGAAACAAAGCCAAACCAAUCCGUUUCCCUUUUCCAUCCUCAGACGUCUAUCUUGCUGCAUUUCUUCGAUCAAUCUUCUCUAUCACCUUCUGACGACACCUAGUCUUUGCCUUGUGUGCGGAAUGCCUGUGUCCAGCUAUCCGUGCUGACGAUCUCAUCGCCAGACAAGUCAGGCCACGCGUCAGCUCCUGGACUCGUUCGUCGUCGUCUCGCUAUCAUUUCUAUCCCUCACUGCGAUCUCGACUGCCAUUACUACCACGGUAAUUGCUGACGACGAUACCUUCACUUUCACUCCUGCUAACAGAGGAGUGAAGACCAAGGUUGAUACCUUGCCUUGGCAACCUUUGGCGGCUUUCUCGUCGCGAACAUGACGCUUUCGCCGAUACUUUCCUGAAACGUCCUUUUCUGAGUUAUCUACUAUUCUUUUAUCAGCCUUCAUCAUGGCCGACGCAGAGCCACACAGCAUCCAGAGCCUUCUCAAGGAUGGUUAUUUCACGACCUCCAGAAGCAAGAGUCCCAGGCCUGCAAGCCGUCCACUUCCUUCCCUUCCCCGACGCCGCAGUCCAAGCCCAGAUCGUGCUGUCCCGAGAUAUUUGCCCCGACCUCCCCCGCCUACUUGCGAAGACGAAGCCGAAGCCCUCGCAAAAGAACAUGGCAGCGUUACCUCGAGUAGCCUCGAUGAACCACCCUCACGUGGAGACGUCGACCAGUUCCCCCUCAUCGAAGUGGUCCAUGAGCAUAACCCCGAGCGUCGCUUCGUACACGUUUCGGAUUCUAGCGGGCCCCUCGAAUCCCCCAUCCGUACGAAGGAGAGAACGGUCUCCGAUACACAUUCGUCGUCUGCCCCUAAGAUUGUGGAAAAUGAAGAUUACAAGGCCAACACGGCUCGCAAAUAUGAUCCUGUGGCACCAGAUGUUGACGACAGUACCCCCGAGGCGAGGUCAGAGAGGCGCAGGAGCCGGCAGGAUCUUCCACCUCUCGAGACCAGUUUCGCUUCGGCCACGUCCGGGGGGGCUGGAGGUCAUCGCCGAAGCAUGUCUACCACCUACGUAGACCAACCGCCCCCCGACUUCUCGUACCGCGCCAAACAGCACUUGUCAACCAACAACGAGGAUCAUCUGUCGCCACAGGUUAUCAAACAUGCCACCGGCGGUCGUGACAAGGUCUACUAUGACUAUUCGCGAAGCCAAAACUCACCAGCCUCGGCCCAGAGGAGCCGUUCCACCUUGGGGGAGGGUAGACGAGUGGAUGAUCCUGCUGGUCGGUCAGCCAGUUCCCUGACGCCCGGCACGGCGAGAAGAUCCGCCGUCAGCGCCGAGGCCCCCCUCCCGACGUCGCGGCUCCCGGGGGAUCAGUCUGGCGACGUCGGAAGACGCAGUGAGUAUGGCCCCGACUCGUAUGACAGGAGACGAGAACGGCGCGCGUCGAUGUAUAGACGUGAGUCUCCUCCGCCAAGUAGUUCCAGCGCCGAACAUUUGCUCAAGGCACCCUCAUCGAACACACGCCGCAGGAGAUCGGCUGCUGCCUUUGAGGAGCGACCAGUGUUGCACAACCAGGAUGGGGGUUACCCCGUAUCCAGCACCAGACCCAGAUCGUGGGUUCCGGUAUCCCCCAUUCCAUCUUCCAAGAGUUCAGGGAGGGCCUUUGCAGACGGUCACUCCCCUACACCCCGCAGCGCCGCCACUUUCCCGAUGACUCAUGGUAGUAGGGGGCCCUCCCUGCCGUACCCUGAGGAUGAUCUACGCCCGGGCAAGGAUGGCUCGGGCUCUCGAGAGGGUGAUCCCCGCGCACCUUCAUUCCGAUCGCGAGGCCCUCCUACUCUUGGUUCGUCCACGUCCAUGCCUGUGGCCAUCCCGGCCGUCAUGCCCGUGCUACCUCCCGAGCCGACCGACGAGGCGAGCCAACCACCGGCGCCUUCUUCCACUGACACACGAAUUACGCCUAUGGAACCUGACACUCGCCAAGAGAGCUCCUGGCCCCCACCCCCUUUCGAACCAGACAAGACGACCCUUACUACUACGGACCAGUCCACUGGCAGCUAUCGGCGAUACUCGGAGGACGCCAGCAGGGGAGGUACUGCUCCCAUUCCUGACUGCCCCAGAAGAAAAGGGGUGACUGGCAAGGCAGAUUGGCUCAGUCUCCCCCGCUGUGACCACUUCGACAUCUGUCCCGACUGCUACAUGGCUGUCUUUGCCGAGACACCUUAUCGGAACGAGUUCGUGCCGACGCUAUUCCGACCAAUGGACAGGCCCAUUAGGUGCGACUUUGGCUCGUCUCCAUGGUACCGCAUUGCAUGGCUCCUCACCCUGAAGGAGGGCUACCCCGACCUCAGGCUGUUUCAUCUGAUAACCAAUGUAGCCCACAACCAGCCAUGCCCGGGGAACCGGGAAGCGGUGCGAAUUUGGUAUUCCGUCGUGGAUCCCUACAGUCAGACCACAGUUCCCGAUUUCACGGUCUGCUACGAAUGCGCCAAGACGAUUGAGGUCCUGCUCCCCAACCUGACUGGCAUCUUCGUUCCGCAACAAACGCCCGCAGUGCCCACCUGGGGCACCUGUGCGAUGUACUUCCACCCGAAGCGAAGACGGUUCGUUUUGUAUUUCGACGCCAUGGAGACGACUUCGGACAAGGCCCUGGCGACGAACUCGCCCCCUAACAUCUCCGCUCUCGCCAGGACGAUGGAGCGGCUUUCGCUGUUUACGGAGUGCACGGAGGACCGACCCGUUACGGACAAGGGAUGGCACAUCAUGCAGCAUAUCCCCGAGUUCACGGUGUGCGGCGAGUGUUUUGACGAGGUGGUCCGGCCGAGGCUGGAAGACAACAACCCCAUCGCGCGGAAUUUCUACAUGCAACCGCAGCGGCUGCCCGUGGGUACGUGCCAGCUGUACUCCAGCCGCAUGAGGGACGUUUUCAGGAAGGCGUGCCGGCGGAACGACGUGGAUUAUCUCGAGGCGAAGGUCCUGGAGAGGCAGAGAGCCUGGGCGGAUAUUCGCAACGAGAUGGCGCGGCUGGACCAGCACGGGCAGAACGAUGCUUGGACGAAGAGAGAGGUGGAUAAGCUUAUUGACGAGUGGAAGAGCUGGGAGUGAUGUGAUGAAUGAAGCUACAUUUAUGAUGUUAUGUUCGACGAUGCAUUAGGGAUAGCGGAAAUGUGAAAAGGAAAAGAAGAAGAAAAAUUUCAUGAAGAAACGUGAGAAGUUGGGUGAAGGGAUAUUGUGAAGGGAUAUUGCGAACCCUCCUCGUCGAGCAGGUGGAAUUGACCAAUGACGUGAUCGAGAAUUGAGUGAGGUGGUGGAGGUGGUUGUUGUUGGGAGAUAAGGAGUACAUUAUGCUUAUCGGUGAUGGGUGAUAAAAAGUGGACAUCGCACGUGACCAUCCCCACGACUUCGCUAAGAAUUACGAAGAAUUGCGGUACGUACCGAAAGUUCCUAGGGUCGAAGCUGCCCACCAAACAAAUCGAAAAAAUUACACCUGGG